CGCGCGCGGCAGAGCGGAGGCGCGUGUCUCCCAGCAUGCACUGCGCUCCUGUCAUGGCCGCACACUGGCGGCGCUGGAAGCACAUGGACUGAGACGCAGUCACGGACGGACGCGGAUUGUGGUGACAGUAGCGUAGAGAGAAAGGAACGUGAAGUGGAAUUCUCUAGUGGAAAGUGCUGACAGAGCCACAUUACAGUGAAGAAGUUUUGUUCGUGGGCGCGCAGCGAUGAUUGAAGAGAUCAAGGAAGCGGAGGCUGCUGUGCUGAGGGGCUUUCGAGCUGACGGAGAGACGGCGCACCUCCAGGGGGAAUUCCUCGGCCUGCCAGAAAAUGACUCACUUCUGCAGGAUCUCUUGGAUGGAAAUUUUGAAAGUGUAUUGCUAAACCCAAUUAUCUUGGACAUUUUAAAAGGAGACUGUGCACCUGAACAGAAGAUUGACUGCUUUGUCGAAGAAAGGAUAAGAAUGUAUCUAACUGGCUUAUCUGAAGAUGACAAGGCCAAAAGAGAGAUGGUUGUGCUUCUGUUCGGUGUAGCCUGUCUGCAGCUUUUUGUUCAAAGCAACUGGACUGGACCACCUAUUCAAGUUCACCCGGAGGAUUUCCUGCCCUCAAGUGUCUUCCAGCAGUUUACAGAGUCUGAAGCAGUGACUGCUGCUAUUUUUAACAGUCUUAUCCUUGACGGAGAGUCAAUUUAUACUAUGGUCUCUAAUCCUAUAUUGCUGCUAAUAGCCACAGCAAUUUUUGUCGCCUGCAGAUCAAAGUUUGAGUUCCUUCAGCUGGUACCCUGUUGGACCUUGCGUUGUGUUUCUAUUCAUCAGCAACUUUUAGAGGAGCGCUCUCAAGAGCUGUUUGUGGUAGUGCAGAGUUGUGUGGAGAAAGUGAUGGAAAACAACAUUUUUUUCACGUCUGACCAGUUUCUACAUUUGGCUGUUCAGUUUCUUCUAGAAUGUGGGCACAUAUCUCUGUUUUAUUUUGAUUAUACAAAGGCAAAAGAAUACAUUCAUCGUGCUAAGGAAAUGAUGAAACUGCAGAUCACAUUGACAGGUGCCUUGGGAAAGCGCACACGGUUUCAGGAAAAUUAUUUGCCACAACUGAUCUUAAAUGUCCAAAGGGAAGGGGCUGCUCUGUCGCAAAGUCGUCUCACUCCAGACCCUACACCAGUGGAAAAAUUGCCAAAGGACCAUUGUCUGACUGAUGAUACAGUGUUGAACAACAUUAAGCUGGCAGACCCAGACCAGUUUAUUAUGCCUGAUCUUUGUGCAGAAGAACAAGCUGUUGUUCUUGGGAUCUGUGAAGACUUCCAGAGGAACAACCCUGCACAUAAGCUGACUGAAGAAGAAAUACUAGCUUUCACAUCAUGUCUACUAUCUCAACCCAAAUUCUGGCCAAUUGAAGUUACUGCUUUAAUGAUCCGGACAAAGCUUGAAAAGGGCAGCGCACGAAGAAUCGAGAGAGCCAUGAUGCAAACUCAGACUCUUGUAGAUCACUUUGAAGAGAAGGACCUUCGUGUGCUUGAAAGACUGAAAAUGUUUUACUGCUCUCAGGUUCCUCCCCGCUGGGCCAUUCAGCGCCAGCUUGCCCACUUGCUCUUUAAUCUUGGCUGCAUUAACUCGGCUCUACAAGUUUUUGAGAAGCUAGAGAUGUGGGAGGAUGUCGUCAUCUGUUACGAAAGAGCUGGUCUCCAUGGAAAGGCAGAAGAGAUCUUGCGGCGAGAACUUGAAAAGAAAGAGACGCCUACACUGUAUUGUCUUCUGGGAGAUGUUCUUCGAGAGCAUGAAUAUUAUGAUAAAGCUUGGGAGCUGUCCAAACACCACAGCGCUCGCUCUCAGCGCUCCAAAGGACUUCUUCAUCUUCGCAGAAAGGAGUUUUCACAGUGCAUAGAAUGUUUUGAGCGGUCUGUGAAAAUCAACACACUGCAGCUUGGAGUUUGGUUUUCCUUAGGCUGUGCCUACAUGGCUAUUGAGGGAUAUGAAGGGGCUGCCAGAGCAUUCCAGAGAUGUGUCAGUCUGGAACCAGAUAAUGCUGAAGCCUGGAACAAUCUUUCAUCCUGUUACAUCAGAUUAAAGCUAAAAUCCAAGGCUUUCAAAACACUUCAGGAAGCCAUUAAAUGCAAUUAUGAGCACUGGCAGAUUUGGGAAAACUAUCUGUUCACUUGCGUUGAUAUUGGAGAAUUUUCUGAAGCUAUUAAGGCUUAUCAUCGCCUUCUGGACUUGCGAGAAAAAUACAAAGAUGUUGAGGUACUAAAGAUUCUUGUACGAGCUGUCACAGAUGGACUUAUGGAUUGCAAAGGAGAGUUGGCUACACCACUAAAAGGAAAACUAAGAGAGUUAUUUGGUCGAGUCACUGCCAACAUUACCAGUGAAGGAGAAAUUUGGAGACAGUAUGCAAAGUUAUAUGGUUGUGGACAAAGUGAGUCUGCAGAAGAAAAUGAAAAAGCUCUGCAGUUUUUGAUGAAGGCUUAUCGUUGUGAAACCCAGAGUAGCGGAUGGGAAAAAGACUUUUCAUCUUUCAAAGAACGGCUACAUGGAGCAGCAGAACUGGCACAUGUGUCAAUAAACUGCAGUAAAAGCAAAGUGAAUCCACAAGAAGCUCUGCAGAUUCUCUCAUCAGCUCGACUUCACCUGCGUAGCAUUUGUGCAAAAGCAAAGCAAUUAUACACUGAUGUGGCCUCUGGAGAAUUGCAUAGUGACCUGGUGGAUGAUGUCCAGACCCUGGAAAACCUGCUUAUCGAGAUUCAGGAACUGAGUUCACAGCAAAGAAACCAGUGACAGAGAAAUUUGACAUGUUUAUUCUGAAAAUUGCACAGAUCGGUUGGUCUGACUGGCUUGUCAAUAAACAUGGCCCUUUAUUCAGGCCCUCUUUUUUAAUCUUGAGACAUUUUACUCUUCAAUUUUUUAAUUUUUUUUUCCAUGAAGUGCUUCAUCAUAUUGAAUAUCAUGCUUACAUGUGACCAGUUGUUAAAUUCCUUGUAUACUCUUGUUAUUAAAAAGAAGAAUAUGUGCAAAUGGG